UGCUGGGAACUGGACCUGGGUCGUCCAGAAGAGCAACCAGUGCUCUUAACAGCUGAGCCAAAGAAAUACUUUGAAAUAAUAUUUUAAAAUAUGAGGAAGACAGUUGUUCCCUACUACCAGCUACAAUGACCAGCUUGUCGCCAGUUUUUCCAGUAAGCCUCCAUUCCCUAAAUUAUUAGUUCACACCGGUAUUAUUUUUAUUUCGGUGGUGUUGGGCAUUGAAGCCAGGGCUUUAUGGAUACCAGGCAAGCACUCUACCAAUGAACUACAUUUUCAGCCCUCAUAGAUUUUCGUUUGAAAUCAUUGUAGUCUCUAGCUCUUCUUUAUUUUGUGUACUGGUGAGUAGACACUCAACUACUUAGCUGUAUUUUCAGCCUGGGUCUGAAUUUGUUGAUAGCAUCUUUGUGAGGUCACUUAAUGUGCUCCUUGGACCUCUGUUCCCUGCAGGUUUAUUGAUGGGCUAUUCCUUACCAGAACCAUGUGAGGUCAGGUUAAUAGUGAUGUUUGGAACUCUGGAGGCAAAUUUUGGCCCCUUUACCUGGCUGAGAUACCUUAGACAAGUUCCUUCUACUUACCAGAGCCCCUCCUGUGGUAAUGCACAGUAUUCAUAAGGAAAAAAUAUACAUGAUGGAUGCUCUUUGAUUUUGCUUUCACUCCUGUCCCCAUUUUAUAGGUGGGGGAGUUGAGGCUCUGUGGGAGGGGGUUGAGGGGCUAGCUUAGCCCAGGUCAUCCAGUCAAAAAUGGUCUGGGACAGUACAUAGUAAGCUAGGUGGGACAGUGCCCAGCCUGAGGCCCAAGAUUCUGUGCUUACUCAGUACCUGGACUGUGUCUGGUAAUCAAAGAGCUGCCUUGUGUCUCAGCACAGGAAAUUCCAAGGUGGUUUUCCAUCAGGCUUCUCUAGUUUGGUCCCUGGAGAGGACCAAUCAGAUCUCUACUUGCUACUGGAAGAUGCAAUCAGAUCUCUACCUGCCUGUCCAGGUCCUUGAUUAUUGAGGGGUGGCUGCAGCUUGGAAUGGUCUGGGUUGUUUUGGGCCUGUGUGGCCAUUUCCUUGGGCCCACAGCCCUCACCCUGUAUCUGAAAUGGUUCUGACUGGGAAGUGGGGGUUGUGGGAGGUGUGGGUAAAAUUUGGUGUGAGGCGGAGACAAGACAGAACACAGGUUUCCUUGUGCUUCAGCACAGGAGAGCAGGGAGGGACUGGAGACCCCAUUCCUACUUGGUCACUUAUAGUCCAUUAUGGCGUGGUUCCCAGUGCUCCUUGGUGUCUUCUUGAUAUCUGUUUUCCCAGGACCUAGCUGGGCUGGCAGAGCCAUGCCCAAGCUGGCUGACCGGAAGCUGUGUGCGGAUGAAGAAUGCAGCCACCCCAUCUCCGUGGCUGUGGCCCUUCAGGACUAUGUAGCCCCAGAUUGCCGUUUCCUGACCAUAUACAAGGGCCAAAUUGUAUAUGUCUUCUCCAAGUUGAAGGGCCGUGGACGCCUCUUCUGGGGAGGCAGUGUUCAGGGAGAUUACUAUGGAGACACGGCUGCUCGCCUGGGCUACUUCCCCAGUAGCAUUGUUCGGGAGGACCAGACUCUCAAACCUGGCAAGAUUGAUGUGAAGACAGAUAAAUGGGAUUUCUACUGCCAGUGAGCUCAGCCUACCACUGUAGUCCCUGCUGUUUUUUUCUCCUCCCGGCUUUAUGCAAAUACAGAACCAA